AUAAACCUGGAAAUUUGCCCCCCUCCCCUCCCCUCCUGACCUCAUAUUCUCGCCCGGCAGGAUGUCUUUCGCCCCCCCCCUCGGUACGCAGAUCGCAGCCGUCAUGGACGCGCUGGCGAAAGCCGCGGUCGCCGACAUAACGAAGCUGGUGGAGGACGGGACGGUGGCUCUGCGCCUGGAGAUGUGUCGGAAGGACGUCGAGAUUCAGGAGCUCAGACGAGGCGUGAAGCGGAUGGAGGCCGAGCUCCGCGAAGCGCGAGGGGCAGCCGUGACCCGGGCGACGCGGGACAAGCAGGGGCGAGCAGCAGCCGGGAGCCGGGUCGCCCCGAAAGAUGAAAAAGAAGAUCAGCAAACGUGUGCAGUGUAUCUGGAACCAAAGACCGCUGAUUCACCCUGCGAGCCUCGACGCGGGACAGACGAGAGCCACGACAUGAGGCCAACUGUGAAACAUGAGCCAGCAGAUGAACUUGCUGUCCAGGAGACAACAGACAACGCUGCGACAGCAGCCACCGAUGUUUGCUCUGAGGCGGGAGAGCGAGAUGACCCAAUCUGGCCUCCUGCUCCUUGUAGCGUGUUUGAGAAAGGCUCUGUUGCAGCGCAGCAGCACACACAGAUUUUACCCUCGUGCGCUGAGCCUUUUUCUGCUCGCAGAGAUACGGAAAAUUCCCAAAACUCGUCGUCGACUGCAACGGAGGGAAUCGCAGAUGAUUCCUUAAGUGUGCCGAUAAAAGUAGAGGUAGAGAUUCGACCCAUGUGCACGGGAAGUACAGCUUCGGAGUCUGUUCAUAACGCACCAUUUAGACAUGUUUCGUGCCCUGCAGUCAGUCAGGACCAGUGCUUGCAGCCCGCUUUGCCACAGGCCGGGCCGUCACUAGCCCUGCCUCACGCGCAGAGGUCCACAGCGGACACAGAAGAUCACAUCCUCAGUAGAAACAACCUGAGAGCAAAACGGCCCAUGAAUGUGUGGCGGACAAAUCAGAAACUCUUCAUCUGCUCUGUGUGCAACAAGGGUUUCCCCCGCCUGUCUCAGCUGGAGGAGCACAAGGCCACCCACCAACCCUUCAAACCUUUUAGGUGCCUCGAAUGCGGGAAGUCUUUCACCCAGAAGACCCGGCUGAAGACGCACCAAAGUGUUCACACGGGAGAGAAGCCGUUCAGUUGUAAAAUCUGCGGCAAGAUGUUUUCGAGGCAAGACAACUGCCUGAGACACGAACGGUUUCACAGCGGCCUGAAGCCGUACAGCUGUGGGCAGUGUGGUAAAAGCUUCACGGUGCUAGGCAACCUCAAAAUACAUCAAGAGAUUCACCUGCAAGGCAGAUAGUGCUCAGAUACUGGGGCUCCCAGUGUCAAUCUAUAAGACUUAAGAGAAUUUGCACAAACCUUUAUUUAAUUUGCCAGUGUACUUUGAUAGUUUUAAAGAAUUGAAUGCAGUCAUAACAGUGUCCGUCUUGCUUUUCAUGCGGCAAGGCAGGGAUGCUGGCACUGUUGAAAGCACGGGUGAAGGGAAAAUGUGAUUGUUAUUUCUGUUAAUUGUUCUAACCUGUGUACCACGUAUAAUGUUGGAAUGGGCAGUGCAUCUGUUCAUUCUUUAUCCUGUAUCACUGUUAUCAUAGUCUGGGAUUCUUUACUGCGAAUCAACAGUCAACAGUACAAGAAGAUUUUUCAAAAAUACUUUUUUAAAACUUUUUUCACCGAAUGAAAAUGACAGUUUCAGUCAACUUUACAUUCAUUUUCCAGAUAUCAUCGAGACAUUUUGAUAGGUUUAGCCAGUUUUCUGCAAUAUGGUGGUUGAAAACUCCCUAUAACAGAAUUUAAAGUGUUUAUCAGAAGUACAAAAUUUUCUGAAAAACUCAAAUGAGAAACUGUUUGUGGAUACAAUAACCAGGUGACAAUGUCUGUUUUGGCUUAUCCAGUAAAAUAAAUACCUGACAAAUAAAGAUACAUCAUCACAUUGAUGCAAAAGUCAUAUGAAAUUCCAAAACUGUCAUAAAGAGGCUCGUUUUUUUGCAACAUUGCCCAUAACGGUCUAAUACAGUGGUUCCCAACCUGGAGGUCUGGACUUCUACAGCGGUAGGGGCACAAGAUGAUUGACAGGCUAGGAAAUAG